CAAAGAGAUCUGAGAACGGGAACAGUCAGUAGCGUUUACCUUCUCCAGAAAAAUAUCGAGUUGUCAGUGUCUGUUGUCAUUUGGUAGAAUGGCAGUGGAAUCAAUCUCAGCCGACUGGGAAUUUGACCGCUUCGACGAUGGAUCUCAGAAAAUUCAUACAGAAGUGCAGCUGAAAAACUAUGGAAAGUUUUUGGAGGACUAUACCUCUCAACUCAAAGCUAUUGAGGAAGCCCUGGAUGACUCCAUUGGAGAUGUUUGGGAUUUUACUCUGGAUCCGAUAGCUUUGAAGCUCCUUCCUUAUGAACAGUCCUCCCUUUUGGAGUUGAUUAAAACAGAAAAUAAGGUUCUUAAUAAAGUCAUUACGGUGUAUGCGGCUCUCUGCAGCGAAGUUAAGAAGCUGAAAUAUGAGGCUGAGACAAAGUUCUACAAUGGCUUACUGUACUACGGUGAAGGGGUGUCAGACACCAGUGUGGUGGAGGGGGAGUGUCAGGUGCAAAUGGGACGCUUUGUCUCCUUCCUUCAGGAGCUGUCCUGCUUUGUGACCCGUUGCUUUGAGGUUGUGGUUAAUGUGGUCUAUCAGCUGGCUGCGCUGUAUAACAGCAACAAAGGUGCCACCAAAAUCAUUGAGUCAUCUGGAGUACAUUUUCAGACAGUGUAUGAGCACUUGGGUGAACUACUGGUUGUGCUGAUCACAUUGGAUGAGAUCAUGGAGAAUCAUGCCACUUUCAGAGAUCACUGGAAGAUGUACAAAAGAUUACUCAAAUCUGUCCACCACAAUCCAUCCAAGUUUGGUAUUCCUGAAGAGAAGCUGAAACCAUUUGAGAAGCUUUUACUGAAGCUGGAGGGCCAACUGCUAGACAGCAUGAUCUUUCAGGCUUGUGUGGAACAGAGAUUUGAUUAUCCUGGUGAGGGUGUGUCCGUCUCUAAAAAUGGUGCCUUUGCUGAGGAGUUUGCUCACAACAUUCGAACUAUUUUUGCAAAUGUGGAGUCAAAACUUGGGGAACCAGCAGAGAUUGACCAGAGGGAUAAGUACGCAGGGGUCUGUGGACUCUUUGUCCUGCACUUCCACAUCUUCCGAACUGUCGACAAGAGGCUGUACAAAUCUCUUCUGGAUGUGUGUAAAAAGGUCCCUGCAGUGACACUGACCGCCAACAUAAUCUGGUUUCCUGAUACAUUUUUGAUUAACAAAGUCCCAGCAGCAGCUAAACUUGUGGAUAAAAAAAGUGUCCAGACCAUUCGAAGCAGCAGAGAUGUAUUCUUACAGCAAAAAGCACAGACAUUGACAAAGGAUGUGCAAUCUUACUAUGUAUUUGUCACCUCUUGGAUGAUGAAGAUGGAGGCCAUCUUGUCUAAAGAGCAGAGGACUGACAAACUUUCAGAUGACCUGAGUAACAGGUGCAAUGUCUUUGUGCAGGGAAUUUUAUAUGCCUACAGCAUCAGUACCAUCAUAAAAACCACCAUGAACAUGCACAUGUCCAUGCAGCGACCAAUGACCAAGACCUCUGUGAAGGCCCUGUGCCGCCUGAUGGAGCUGCUCAAAGCAAUAGAGCACACUUUCCACCGGCGCUCUCUAGUGGUGGCAGACUCUGUCUCUCACAUCACUCAGCAGCUGCAAUCACAGGCUCUGUCCUCCAUUUCUACAGCUAAGAAAAGAGUGAUCUCCGAUAAGAAGUACAGUGAGCAGAGACUGGACGUACUUUCAGCUCUGGUGUUGGCAGAAAAUACUCUGAACGGGCCGAGCACCAGAGAGAGAAGGCUGGUGGUGUCUCUAGCACUCAGUGUGGGCACUCAGAUGAAAACCUUCAAAGAUGAGGAGCUUCUGCCUUUACAGCUUGUCCUGAAGAAGCUUGACCUGAUUAGUGAAUUACGAGAGAGGGUCAAAGUACAGUGUGACUGCAGCUUUCUCUAUUGGCACCGUGCAAUCUUUCCGAUUUACCUGGAUGAUGUGUAUGACAAUGCUGUGGAUGCAGCAAGGAUGCACUACAUGUUCAGUGCUCUGAGAGACAGUGUGCCUUCCAUGCUAUACGCCAAACACAUGGAGUCCUGUGAGCAGUUACUGGAUAGCUAUGACAAGGAGAUCAUGGGGGUAUUCACUGAGCACUUGCUGGACAAGCUGUGUAAGGAGAUAGAGAAAGACCUGCGACUCUCCGUGCACACACACCUCAAGCUGGAUGACCGCAACCCUUUCAAAGUGGGUAUGAAGGACCUCGCUCACUUCUUCUCCCUCAAGCCUAUACGCUUCUUUAACCGGUUCAUUGACAUCAAAGCCUAUGUAACACAUUACCUGGACAAAACAUUUUACAACUUAACGACUGUGGCUCUUCAUGACUGGGCCACAUACAGUGAGAUGAGGAACCUAGCCACACAGCGCUACGGCCUGGUCAUGACUGAGGCCCAUCUCCCCAGCCAGACCCUGGAACAGGGACUGGAUGUAUUAGAGAUUAUGAGGAACAUCCAUGUUUUUGUUUCAAGAUACCUCUACAAUUUGAACAACCAGAUCUUCAUUGAGAAGACCAGCAACAACAAGCACUUGAACACCAUCAAUAUUCGGCACAUUGCAAACUCUAUACGCACUCAUGGAACUGGCAUCAUGAACACUACUGUAAACUUCACAUAUCAGUUCCUCCGUAAGAAAUUUUACAUCUUCAGCCAGUUUAUGUAUGAUGAGCACAUCAAGUCAAGGCUCAUCAAAGAUAUCCGCUUCUUCAGGGAAACCAAAGACCAAUCAGAUCAGAAGUACCCAUUUGAGAGGGCAGAAAAGUUCAACCGAGGUAUACGGAAACUUGGUAUCACUCCAGAUGGCCAAAGCUACCUGGACCAGUUCCGACAACUCAUCAGCCAGAUUGGUAACGCAAUGGGCUAUGUGCGAAUGAUCCGCUCUGGGGGUCUGCACUGCUGCAGCAGUGCCAUCAGGUUUGUGCCAGAUCUGGAGGACAUUGUAAACUUUGAGGAGUUAGUGAAAGAAGAGGGCCUCUCUAAAGAGACCCAGAGAGCAGCCAGCCUCCUGGAUUGUGUGCUCAGUGACUUGACCAGUAACUCUGCAGAGGGAACAGAGUAUUUCAAGAUGCUUGUGGGAGUGUUUGCCCAAGAGUUCCGUAGUGUCAAGAACAUGCACUUGAGGAACUUCUACAUGAUUGUUCCUCCUUUGACAGUAAAUUUUGUGGAGCACUCAAUCAACUGCAAGGAGAAGCUGAACAAGAAGAACAAAAAUGGAGCAGCCUUUACAGAUGAUGGUUUUGCCAUGGGCGUCGCCUACAUCCUCAAGCUUCUGGAUCAGUAUCAGGAGUUUGACUCCUUGCAUUGGUUCCAAGCAGUUCGGGAGAAAUAUAUGAAGGAAAUGAAUGCAGUGGUAAAAGAACAGAAUGUCCAAGCUACCAACCAAGAUGAGAAGCUGAUGCAGACCAUGAACCUUACUCAGAAGCGACUGGAUAUCUAUCUGCAGGAGUUUGAACUGCUUUACUUCUCCCUGAGCAGUGCACGGAUCUUCUUCAGGGCUGAUAAGACUGCAGCAGAGGAAACCCAGGAGAAAAAGGACAGAGAGGAUGGUGGUAAAGCAGACGUUGCUUCCUCUGAGCCAGCUGUCUCCACUGAGCCCAGUGUCAAGUGAGACAAAAGAACAGCUCUUGUUACAGGUCUUGGGAGAUAUUAAGGACUAGAACAAAAACCCUCCCAUACAAACUUAUCGUUUGGAUGGUAACUCAUUCUUGCAUUGCUUUGGAGGACAUAAAGGCCUCCAUUCUCUUACCAUGAGUUGGAAAGGUACAAAAAUAGAAUUUUUGUUACUUAUCAUCUACUUAAUUUCAUUGGAACUGACUGUGAUUUAUGAUAUGUAGCCUGCUCUUAGAAGUUUAGGUAUUCACUACUAGCACUGCUGAUGUUCCUGUGCUAUAUUCACAUUUUUUUUCAAUCCAAAACCAUUGGACAGUUCUGGUAUUCAAGUUUGGCAGCUGGUUAGUGUAUUAUUUCUAAAGUCUUAAGAGAUGUUUAGAUAUGGUAACAGUUUGCCAUUUGAAAUAGAAUGAAGGAGAAUGGAAUGCAAGUGUAUUGUUAAUCUUAAAUGACUUCCAUUUGUUAAUCAGAUUUUUGUUUUUACCCUCAAAUGUACAAACUAGACCUGCUCAACUUGAGUAAGGUUCUACAUUGAAUAGGAAUGGCAUGUCAAUGUAUUUCUAAAAUCUGACCAAUUUAGAUGGUUAUUACAGUCUUGUAAUUUAUAUAAAAAAAUAAUUAACUAGUUUUGACAAUGUCAUUAAUUGACUAAUAAUUGACUUGAUUAGUUUAGCAUUUAGUACACCUGGGCAAAACAGUUUUGGCAGGUUUGGGCAUCAUGUUUGGACCCAGAGAACACCAUGUCAUCACUGUUACGGGGAGAUAACAACAUUUAAAGUGGUCAUUCUGCACUUGCCCAUAUCUUCUACUAGGAUCCUCUGCAUAGUAUAACACCACAUAAGGUGAAACGAGUGAACUGAGUUAGUAAAACCGUAAAUCCAUUACAGACAUGGUUGAGAUGUAGCAAACUAAUGUUCUUUACUUGAGAUUUAUGCUGCCAAGGUGUGCAAUAUAGACAGGUUUUUUCCCCCUAAAUUAUAAAUCCACAUGUAUAUGUUAUGACUGUGACUAAAGGUGAGAAAAAUCUAGCAACAUCCCAUUAAAGAAGCCUUAAUAUACAGUAUGACAGUGAUGCACCAUGUUGCAUGUUUAACAGAAGAAAUUAUUUCAGAAACAUUCCAACUGAAUGUCGACUCUACCUGCUCCUGUGCUCUCUUCACUUUUUGUAAAAUGAAUUGUGUACAUUUUAACCAUUGUGUUAAUGCUAUGAUGUUAAUAAAAAAAUUUCUUAAUAGA